CUUCGUGGGGCAGAGGGGGGGCGGCCUGGCCGGGAAGAGGCCGGAGGAGCCCUGCGGACGGGGGUCUGGGGCGGGCCCCGGCGUGAGUGCCCGGCCGCCAGGGCGUGCGCUGUGCUGAGAGCCGCGUGUCCACCCCAGCAGUCGGCCUGUGGCGGGCCGCGGCCACCGCGAGGCGGGCCGGGUGGGCGCGGGCCGGGUGCCGCAGCCUGGUGCAUAGCCACGGCCUCGGGCUGCGGCGCCGGAAGGCCCCGGCGGGGGCCGGGGAUGCUGGGCGAAGUGACCAGCAGGGCUCCUGCCGAAGACUGGCCGGGGGUGGGCUUGCCAGACCGACCUGGCUGAAGCCGACGUCCGUGAGGACCCGUGCGGGGCCCUGUGGAGACGCGCUGGGCACCUGUCGCCCGCGGGCAGGUGCGUCAGCCGGGGCUCGGCGGCGGGGCUCAGCGCCCUGUGCUCGCCGCCCGUCUGCGGUCAGCGCACUGAGAUGGAUCAGCUGGACCUGAACCCCAGAAUCAUCACCGCGGUCAGGAGAGCCAAACUGAAGUCAGCCAAGGAGCUCCUACGUUUCUCUGGCCCAGACCUGCAGAGAGUGACCGGCCUGUCCGGCCCCGACGUCCGGCACCUGCUGAGAGCGGCCUCCUUGUCCCUGCGAGGCAGCAGCGUCCUCACAGCGCUGCACCUGCACCAGCAAAAGGACAGGUUCCCGGCACAGCACCAGCGCCUGAGUCUGGGCUGCCCGGUCCUGGACGGCCUGCUCCGCGGCGGCCUGCCCCUGGACGGCAUCACCGAGCUCGCCGGCCCCGGCUCGGCGGGGAAGACCCAGCUGGCGCUGCAGCUCUGCCUGGCCGUGCAGUUCCCGAGGCAGCACGGAGGCCUGCAGGCCGGCGCCGUCUACAUCUGCACGGAGGGCGCCUUCCCCACCAGGCGGCUGCAGCAGCUCAUCGGGCAGCACUGGCGGCUGCGGGCAGACGUGGCCCGGGACGAGGUCGGGAAGAUACGGUUCAGCAGCCAGAUCUUCGUGGAGCACGCGGCAGAUGUGGACGCCCUGCUGGAGUGCGUGACUCGGAAGGUCCCUGUCCUGCUGUCUCGGGGCAUGGCCCGCCUGGUGGUCAUCGACUCCGUGGCAGCCCCAUUCCGCUGUGAGUUUGACGCCCAGGCCUCAGUGCCCAGGGCCAGGCGUCUGCAGGCGCUGGGGGCGGCACUGCGGCGGCUAAGCCACGCCUUCCAGAGCCCGGUGCUGUGCAUCAACCAGGUGACAGACACCGUGGAGGAGCAGGACACAGCACCCGGGCUGCAGGGUUCCGGGGACACGCGCGCUUCUCCAGCCCUGGGCACAGCCUGGGCCAACCAGCUCCUGCUGAGGCUGAUGGCCGACCGGCGCCGUGGCGAGGAGGCGGUGCUUGGCGGCCCGGCUCGGACCCUGCGGGUGCUCUUCUCCCCUCACCUGCCCCCCUCCUCCUGCGCCUACACCAUCCACUCGGAAGGGGUGCGUGGGACCCCGGGAACGGAGCCCCACUGACGGGGUGGCUGCAGAGUGGCUUGGCCAGGUCCACAGAACCCCGUCUGGCCACAUCCCUGAAGCCCUGGGCACCGGUCGUGUGUCCGGCAUCCUGGGCGGUCCCUUGCUGUAGUGCCCAGGGGCCACCUCGGGUGUGGGGGGCGCUGUGCUUCCCCUCCUCCGGGUUCUGGGACGCACCCACCCACCGACUGCGCGCAGGCCCACCCUCGGAGGCUGGUGGCCCUUGCCCCAGCCCCACAGGGGCUCCCUUCCCGGCAGGGCAGUCCUCAGGCCCCGCCCCCACUUGUGGCCCCCAGGCAAGCUCCCUGCUGGCUGGAGGUGAGGGGGCCACCCUGCUCAUGCCACACCCCCAGAGUGCACCCGGGGCCACCCCCACCUCCAGGCGCCGCCCGCCCGGCCAGCCCUGGGAGCAGUCGCCUCUGGGCGUCAGCGCCUCUUUGCUGGUGCUUGUCGCCUGCCGGCACCACAGGAACCCCUGCUCUGGGUCACACCGUCACAAUGAGUCACUCCCUGCUCUCGGGGACGCAGGACAGGCAAGCGGCCCCCUGCGGUGGCACUGGGUGGGGGGCGCCGGCCCUGGAGCCGCAGAGUUCCUGGGGCGCUCCUGGGGCAGGACGCCCCGCUCGGCCGAGGGCACGUCCCCAGUGCGGCUGUGGCGGGAGAAAGCUACUUUGGGAUUGGAUUUUUAGCAAAGAGCCUUUCUGCAGCAACCUUUAGAGCAGAAAAUAAAGCAUUUUAUAAACAGUCCCAAAGACUUUCCAGGCAAGACAAAGUCCAGCCAGAGGAGGACGGGCCCCUGGACAAAGGCUGCUCCCAGGAGCGGCUGGGGCUGGCCCUGCGGGAGGCCCUUCUCUGGGCGGUGUCCAGCACUGGCGACCCCCAAACAGCCUCAGAGCCGGCCCCGGCCCAGUCCUCUCCCUGAAGACCCCUCAGGUGGCCUCUCCACCAUUCUGUAAACGCUUCUGUGGCUCUGAGGUCCCUCCCACCCAGUGCCGGGCCGGUGAGCCCAGACGGGCGCCCGCACCUGCCUCUGGCCGGGGCUGGGAACCGGGCCCCUGCACGGCUCAGAACCACGUGCACACACAGACACGGAUCUCCCAAGGGAGUUCCAGGGCUACGGCAGUGCAAAGUCCACCCUGCAAGACGUAAACAAGGACACUGGAGAUGUUUGAUGGAUUUUACUACAACCCUAAACUUCUGAUUACAUGAUAUCCCAGCAGCUUUCUCAUUCCAGAAGAUUAACUGUGUGCGUCCCACCAGCACCGGACCUGGCCGCCGCCCUCGGUCACCCAGCACGGGCUUCCCUGUAGGACACGACUGGGCACCACCCCCGCCUGUGUGCCGUGCAGGGCGCCUUUCACUCUUAUUUCAUGGAAACUGAGGGACCAGGGGCCGGGCCUCGCGUGGGGCCCUCGGCACGCCUCUCCCGGGAACUGCAAACUGGCCGUAGCUGGCGCGGUGCUGGGAGUUCAACAACCACCCUGCGGCGCCCAGAGCUGCCGUGGCCUGAAGCACGAAGCCCCCUUCCUCACGACCAGGCCUGCGGAGCCCUCGGCCCCCCAGCACGGCCUCGGAUGCAGGCCCGCAGGACGCCCGAGGGCCACUGCCCAGGCCUGUCUGCGCCCACGGCUCCGGAGCCACGUGCCACGGCAGCACCAGGUGCGCUUCCCAAACGCGGGCCUUCUAGCGAGCAGCAGCCCUGCCGAGGGACGCCAGGGGCCUGACGCGGGGCAGGCGGCAGCGUGGGGUGGGGGCAGGCAGGGCUCCUGGUGGGGAGAGCCCCCAGAACCCCCCUGGGUGUCACACAGGGGAGGCUCUGCCCCCGGCGGCGUCGGCGCCAGGCGGCAGGGCUGGGAGCCUUCUGCCCAGAGCCCUCUCCUCACCCAGCACCGACAUUCUGAACAGCCCUGCAUGACAACACCUGGCAGGCUGGGGCCGCCCACACUAGCAAAUGAAAACAGAGCCGACCUGUCCCAGCUAGCGGCCCCGCACCCCCGUCCCGGGGAGGCCCGGGGACGCCUGCUCGCCGAGCGGCUGCUGAGACAGGACCUUAAAGGAGGCCUCGGGGUUGACCUGACGUCCUGUCAAAGUCCGCUGUGUUGUUUAUAAAGAAAAGCUUUUUUAAAAAUAAAGCAUGCCUCCACACACUUA